GCACAAUAUGCCCUCUCCCUCACCACCUCGCAUCAAGCCUCGGCACCCCUUCCUCAUGCACCCGCUCAUGAACGGACGCUCGCGAUCUCCGUCCCCAUCGCGCCGAUCCCACACAGCUCUCGUGGUCAUCAACGUGCAGGUCGGCGUGGUAGCCACAUGUGUUGACGUGAAGGGCGUCAUCUCGCGCAUAUCCUCGCUCGUAAGCCGCGCGCGUGAUGCCGGCGCCCCCGUUGUUUGGGUGCAGCACGAAGACGGCGGUCUCGCUCGCGACUCGAAGGAGUGGGGCCUCGCACCCGGCCUCCCCGAACCUCUGGACGACGAGGUGCGCGUUUACAAGCGCUUUCGGGACAGCUUCACCGCCCCCGAGCUCGAGGAGGAGCUGCAUGCGCGCGGUGUGCGCCACCUCGUGCUGGUAGGUGCUCAGAGCGAUUAUUGUGUCCGCACAACGGCUCAAAGCGCCGCCGUCCGCGGAUACGCCGUGACUGUGCCACGCGAUGCACACACGACCGAGGAUGCCGAGUUCGGUGGAACUACGAUCUCCGCUCAGCAGAUUGUGCAGCACACAAACGCGUACUUCGACGACUUUGAGUACCAGCCCGGUGUCAGGUGCCGGAACGUCGCUGCACACGAGGUCGAGUUCCUGAGGCGGUGAGCGCACAGCGCAGAGGGCUCCGUCUGCGGAUAACGCUCUCCUUCAUACGCGCCGGUGGAAGUGGCCCGAGGACAAGGCAUAUCUCAGAAAGACUAAAUGGUGCGGAGAUCAUCAUUGUCGCGUGGGGUAGAAUGAGGUCGGAUUACGG